AAUUUGUUUCCUUAUUUCUUGGAGCUGUAGACUUCUAAUACAUCUAGAGAUGUCAUAUAGUUGAUUAGAAAGUUGAGUUCAGCGGGUGCAGACCUGCAAGAUCAUACUCUUCCUCCUGUACAUGAUGUAUCGGACGGUGGGAUUUGGCACCCGAAGCAGAAAUCUGAAGCCGUGGAUGAUUGCCGUCCUCACUGUGCUGUCCCUGACAGUGGUGGCAGUGACCAUAGGUCUCCUGGUUCACUUCCUAGUAUUUGACCAAAAAAUGGAGUACUAUCAUGGCUCUUUUAAAAUUUUAGAUCCACAAAUCAAUAACAAUUUUGGACAAAGCGACACAUAUCAACUUAAGGACUUACGAGAGACGACCGAAAAUUUGGUGAGUCAGGUGGAUGAGAUAUUUAUAGAUUCGGCCUGGAAGAAAAACUAUAUCAAGAACCAAGUAGUCAGACUGACUCCAGAGGAAGACGGUGUGAAAGUAGAUGUCGUUAUGGUGUUCCAGUUCCCCUCUACUGAACAAAGGGCAGUAAGAGAGAAGAAAAUCCAAAGCACCUUAAAUCAGAAGAUAAGGAAUUUAAGAGCCUUGCCAAUAAAUGCCUCAUCAGUUCAAGUUAAUGCAAUGAGCUCAUCAACAGGGGAGUUAACUGUCCAAGCAAGUUGUGGUAAACGAGUUGUUCCAUUAAACGUCAACAGAAUAGCAUCUGGAGUCAUUGCACCCAAGGCGGCCUGGCCUUGGCAAGCUUCCCUUCAGUAUGAUAACGUCCAUCAGUGUGGGGCCACCUUGAUUAGUAAUACAUGGCUUGUCACUGCAGCACACUGCUUCCAGAAGUACAAAAAUCCACAUCGAUGGACUGUUAGUUUUGGAACAAAAAUCAACCCUCCCUUAAUGAAAAGAAAUGUCAGGAGAUUUAUUAUCCAUGAGAAGUAUCGCUCGGCAGCAAGAGAGUACGACAUUGCUGUUGUGCAGGUCUCCUCCAGAGUCACCUUUUCGGAUGACAUACGCCGGAUUUGUCUGCCAGAAGCCUCUGCAUCCUUCCAACCAAACUUGACUGUCUACAUCACGGGAUUUGGAGCACUUUACUAUGGGGGUGAAUCCCAAAAUGAUCUUCAAGAAGCCAGAGUGAAAAUCAUAAGUGAUGAUGUCUGCAAGCAACCACAGGUGUAUGGCAAUGAUGUAAAAUCUGGAAUGUUCUGUGCCGGAUAUAUGGAAGGAAUUUAUGAUGCCUGCAGGGGUGAUUCUGGGGGACCUUUGGUCACAAGGGAUCUGAAAGAUACCUGGUAUCUCAUUGGAAUUGUGAGCUGGGGAGAUAACUGUGGUCAAAAGGACAAGCCUGGAGUCUACACACAAGUGACUUAUUACCGAAACUGGAUUGCUUCAAAAACAGGCCUCUAAUUCACCAUAAAAGUUAAACAAAGAGAGCUGUAUGCAGGUCAUAUAUGCAUGAGAAUUCAACUAUUUAGUGGGUGUAGUACAACAAAGUGAUAUUAAAUUACUGGAUCUAGCAAUAUGAAACGCACAACAUAAGUUAUUUAGAAUCACUUUAAUCAACCAAUAAUCCUUAGCCAAUUUGUAAGGGACUUUUAUUUAUAAAGUAAUGAAUCUGGCUUGAAAAACACAGUAGAGAUACUUAGCUCUUUAAAUCACGAAUGUUGAAGGACCAGUGAGACUCAACAUAUGUUUUUGAAGAUAGUCCGUGGGAUUUUCAGAAUGUCGUUGUCAAGGGUCUCCUUUUAACUGAGAAACUUUUUGAACUCACAGAGUGUUCAAGAAACCCUUGUAUAAUUCCCUACAUUUCUCUCGAGCUCACAAAUACUUUUUUUUCUUUUUCCUUAUUCAAUCAGAUUUUCCAAAGUACCUUUCCACCAUAAGAAAUGAAUUUUCUACUUCUACACCCAUUUAAGAGACACCAAUAAAAGAAAGUCAUAUGUAGGAAACAAAGUCUGAUAGUAAAACAAGCCAGAGAUCUUCUAGCUUUUUUUUAGUUAUAAAACCUCUAAUUUUUUGGUGACUUUUCUACACACACACACACACACAGUCACAUAGAUAUUCCUAUCCUACAGAUAUAACCAGAAAAAUCCCGAUUAACGAAUGAUAUAUAGAUAGAUAGAGUGAUUAGUUAAUCAAAACUAUAUAUUUGUUAACAAUUUGGGAGAAGGUGAUGGUAAUUUCAUGAGUAGUCCCAAAACACAGGCACAAGAAAUUUGACAUUUCAUAGAUGCACUUACAUAUUUUGACCACAAGGGGGAAAUUUUGUGCAUUAUUACUGUACGGUUAAAUGCCUGAAAAAAAAAAGAAUUUACUAAUACCUUGAAAAAUCAAAGAACAUCGUCUUCCUCUGUAGCAAGAAAAAUUUUAUGCCCUUGCAUUACUACAGACAAAUAGCUUAUAAGGCUUAUGGCAAUGUCCAAACUAUUGCAAUCAUAAAACCCUAGUUUUAG